AUGGCUGGCCGGCUUCAGACACUGCGGGAUCGCCAGAUAGCUGCUAUCGACCGAAUACUCAGCCUCAAUCGUGAUGAGCCCUCGAACGCGGACUCGACGAACGGCACUCCAAAUAGCGGGCUGCUCAAUGAAGAUGGAGAGCCUAUAUGGAAGGUUCUUGUCUUUGACAACCUUGGAAGAGAUAUCAUAAGCAGCGUGUUAAAGGUCAACGAUCUACGGAGUAAGGGGGUCACGAUACACUUAAACAUAAACGCCACACGUUACCCCAUUCCAGAUGUCCCUGUACUAUAUCUUGUGGAACCAAAUGGCACCAAUAUCCAACUCAUCUGCUCCGAUCUCUCGCGGGGACUUUACUCGCCGGCCUACGUCAACUUCAUCUCCUCCAUACCUCGUCCUCUCCUUGAAGAAUUUGCGGCGCAGAUUGCUGCAACGAAUACGGCCGACUGCAUUGCGCAAGUGUAUGACCAAUAUCUGAAUUUCAUUGUCGCUGAGCCAGAUUUGUUUAGCCUGGGGAUGGGAAAAGAGUCCUAUUGGACAUUUAAUAGUGCCAAAGCCGAGGCUGAGGUUCAAGAUGCUGCAAUCGACAGAAUCGUCAGCGGACUGUUCAGCGUGAGCGUCACAAUGGGCUCGGUACCCAUUAUACGGUGCCCUCAAACAGAGUUGGCCAAGAUGAUCGCCACAAAACUGGAUCGGAAACUGAGGGAUCACGUCCUCAACUCCAAGGAGAAUCUGUUCUCGUCAAAAGCCUCCGCCAAUGUGUAUUCCACCCCUUCUCGGCCAGUACUCAUCAUCUUGGACCGAAAUGUGGACCUGGUCCCAAUGCUUUCCCACUCAUGGACAUAUCAAUCGCUUGUCCAUGAUGUUCUGAAGAUGCACCUGAAUCGCAUCACCGUGGAUGUCGCGGAUGAGGAGAACCCGACCGCCAAACCUCGAGCCUAUGACCUGAACGCAGGUGAUUUUUUCUGGGCGCGUAACGCUAGCGCGCCCUUCCCUCAAGUCGCAGAAGACAUUGAUAAAGAGCUGACGAAAUACAAGUCGGAUGCGGAAGAGGUGACCAGAAAGACGGGAGUCAACAGCAUCGAGGACCUGGAUGAUAGCUCCGCAUCAGCAGCUCAACUCAAGGCAGCCAUCACAUUACUGCCUGAGCUGCGAGAAAGAAAAGCAACAUUGGACAUGCACAUGAACAUCGCCACAGCGCUGCUGAAAGGCAUCAAGGAUCGACAGCUUGACAAUUUCUUCCAGCUUGAGGAGAACAUCACCAAGCAGACUUCCGACCAGAUGCUGGCACUGAUCAACUCUGACGACAAAGGGAACAACCCACUGGACAAGCUGCGGAUCUUCAUCAUCUGGUACCUGAGCGUCGACAAAGAGCCAUCGAAGGCUGAACUAUCAGAAUUCGAAACUGCACUCAGGAACGCAGGUGUAGGCGAUGCUGUUUCUGCCAUUAAACAUAUUUCCAAUGUCCGACUGGAGACGCGAGGGACGAUGAUGACCUCGACCGUCGCGACGUCGCAGCCAACCCAGGCCCCGCUGUUUGGCGGCCUAUCGUCCCUCUCCAAGAACUUCACGGACAGAAUCUCCUCGUCGACUUUCGGCAACGUUAACCUUGAAGCCCUGGUAUCCGGGGUCAAGAACUUCCUCCCGGCCAACCGAGACCUGACGGUCACGAAAAUUGUGGAAUCGAUCAUGGACCCUCCCGCGGCCUCGUCCUCCGCCAUUGCAAAGACCGAAAACUACCUCUAUUUCGAUCCGCGAAGUGCACACGCCAGAGGCACGACGGGGGCAGCGAAUCCGACUUCACGAAGCGCCCAAUCGGCUGCAGGUGUCAACCCGACCUUCGGCCAACGGCGCCAGGGAUAUAGCGAAGCCAUCGUCUUCACAGUGGGCGGAGGCAGCAUGGACGAAUACGGUAAUCUGCAGGAAUGGGUGAAGCGAACGAGUGGGCAAGGCGCGACUGGCGGAGGGGUAGGCUCUAUUCCGCGCACGAGGAGAGUCGUCUACGGAAGUACCGAGUUGGUCAAUGGGGAGGACUUCUUGCAGGAGUUGGUCACGUUGGGACGGGACGGUUAG